AUCGUCGCACUUCAGCCACAGCACUGAGAUCGGCGGUUCAGACAUCAGUCUCGACACUGUCCCCUACCAAUUUAAAAUCUUUUAAGUCAAAGGUUCUCUCUCUCUCUCUCUACACAGUAUUUGUGAAUCUGUCUCCCCCCAGUGAAAUCGAUGAUUUACUAUCCUCGUGAUUUGCAAACCUCCUGUGCCGUACGAUCUUUUUCGGCUUCGAAGUUUCAGAACUAAACUUGGAAGCUCAUUUUGUGCUCAAUCGAAGAAAUUGAAACCAAGACAAGUGAAGUUCUUUUGCUACAGUUGGUCCAGUUCUAAUUUUCUCAGAACCCAAACAUGACGCAAUCUGGUUAUAAUAUUAAUGAUCUUGUUCGAGAAGCUCACACCCGGUGGCUGAAGCCUGCGGAAGUGCUCUUUAUUUUACAAAAUUAUAAGGAAGAGCAACUAACCCAUGAGCCCCCCAAAAAACCAGCAAGUGGAUCUGUUUUUCUUUUUAACAAGAGGGUCCUUCGUUUUUUCCGCAAAGAUGGUCAUAGCUGGCGUAAAAAGAAAGAUGGGAGAGCUGUUGGUGAAGCGCAUGAGCGGCUCAAGGUUGGAAAUGUUGAAGCUUUAAAUUGUUAUUAUGCACAUGGGGAGCAGAAUCCAAAUUUUCAGAGGCGUAGCUUUUGGAUAUUGGAUCCGGCGUAUGAGCAUAUUGUUCUUGUUCAUUAUAGAGAGAUUAGUGAGGGAAGGCAUAGUUCUGGAUCCAUUUCACAGUUGUCACCAGAAUCCCCUUCUACAUUCAGUCAGAGUCCCAACUGCUAUACUGCUCAACAUCCUGGUUCUACUAUUGUUAGUGAACUAUAUGAACCACAUCAGAGUCCAGGGUCUGUAGAAGUUAGUUCUGAUGCAGUUGUCAAGAGUAAUGGGAUGGAUCACUUGGACUGGAUUGAAAGAAAGGGAGAGAUGAGUAGUUCAUCUGAGCUUGAAGUUAGUCAAGCAUUGCGAAGGCUUGAGGAACAGUUAAGUUUGAAUGAUGAUAGCUUGGAAGAAAUUGGUCCAUUCUGCAGUGAGAAUGAGAAUUCAAAUGAUUCAGAAUGCGUCAUAAAUGAUCAAUAUAAAUCUUCUGCAUCACUGGAUGAUGUAAACACUCUUGCAUUAGGAAGAGAGUCAGGUGGCAAUGAGAAACAUAAUCAUCAAGCAUUGGCACAAGAAUUUAUGGUUGAACGUAAAGGCUCUUUAUCUUGGAAAGAGAUGCUGGAGUUCAAUGGAAGUUCACCAGGUGCUGAGUCCCAAGAGAAAACUUUACAUUCUUCAGAUGGAAAUGGAAUGCUACUACCCCACUCAAGGAGCAGUAUGCUAGAAGAGCAAGAAAUAUGCCAGUGGAUAAAUUUUGGCAGACAUUAUUCUAAUAAGCAUAAUGAUUUCCCAACCUCUGGUAAUGAUAAGAAUCUGCAACUUUCAGCACCCAGCAAAUAUCCAACAAGCUCUGAGAGCCCCUUGGCAUUACCAGCUUCCAUAUUACUGUCUCAAGAAAUUGAAAAUUUCAGAUUUCCUUCAUAUUCUACUGUAGAAAAUAAUCAUCAUUACUUCACAGAAUUAUUUGAUCAAGGUCAGAUUGGUAUACAUCUUGAGGCUGAUUCAAGUUUAACUAUUGCACAAAAACAGAAGUUUACCAUUCGAGAAAUAUCUCCAGAUUGGGGUUAUGCCGGUGAGGCUACAAAGGUUGUCAUUGUUGGAUCUUUUCUCUGUGAUCCAUCAGAAGGUGCAUGGACUUGCAUGUUCGGUGACAUCGAAGUUCCGGUUCAGAUUAUCCAAGAAGGUGUCAUAUGUUGUCUGGCUCCUCCCCGCCUUCCAGGAAAAGUCACUCUUUGUAUUACUUCUGCCAAUCGGGAGUCCUGCAGUGAAGUCAGAGAGUUUGAGUACCAUGCUAAGCCAAGUAGUUGUGCUCACUGUAGUUCAUCCAUGAAGGAAACAACUAAGAGUCCCGAUGAAUUGCUCUUACUUGUCAGGUUUGUGCGGAUGCUUCUAUCUGAUCCUUCGGUGCAGAAGGGAGACAAUACUGAAUCAGGAAUAUAUCUAUGGGACAAAUUCAAAGCUGAUGAAGAUUCAUGGGACCGUGUUAUUGAGGCUCUUUUAUUUGGCAAUUGGACUUCGUCUAGUACAACAGAUUGGCUUCUGCAAGAACUUUUAAAAGACAAGUUGCAACAGUGGCUUUCUUCCAGAUCUCGAGGAGGAUGUAAUCAGCCGGGUUGUUCCUUGUCCAAGAAAGAGCAAGGGAUAAUACACAUGGUUGCUGGAUUGGGCUUUGAGUGGGCCUUAAACGCAAUUCUCAAUUCUGGAGUCAGCGUAAAUUUCCGAGACAUUAAUGGCUGGACUGCCCUUCAUUGGGCUGCCCAAUUUGGAAGGGAAAAAAUGGUUGCUUCCCUCAUAGCAUCUGGUGCAUCGGCUGGGGCAGUGACGGAUCCCACUUCACAAGAUCCAACGGGUAAAACACCGGCAUUCAUUGCUUCCACCAAUGGACACAAGGGACUUGCAGGUUAUCUUUCCGAGGUGGAACUAACUAGCCAUCUUUCAUCCCUCAAACUGGUAGAAAACGAGCUGUCCAAAGGCUCUGCUGAGGUGGAAGCAGAAAGUGCCGUAAACAGUAUCUCGCAGAGGAGUGUUGCUACAAAUGAGGAUCAUCUCUCUCUUAAAGACACUUUAGCUGCACUCAGGAAUACAGCUCAGGCUGCUGCACGUAUACAAGCUGCGUUCCGUGCACAUUCUUUUAAGAAAAGGCAACAGAGAGACGCUAGUUCUGCUGCUGCAGUUGCUAGUGUAGAUGAGUACAGUAUUCUUUCAAAUGAUAUUCAAGGGAUUUCGGUUGCAUCGAAGUUGGCUUUUCGCAAUGCACGUGAUUACAAUACAGCUGCUUUAUCUAUUCAAAAGAAAUUUCGGGGUUGGAAAGGUCGCAAGGAUUUUCUGGCAUUUCGCCAGAAAGUAGUGACGAUACAGGCUCAUGUUAGAGGUCAUCAGGUUAGGAAGCAAUAUAAGGUAUUCUGUUGGGCUGUUGGUGUUCUAGAAAAGGUUGUACUGAGGUGGCGCCGGAAAAGAGCUGGAUUGCGGGGAUUUCGGCACGAGACAGAGUCCAUUGAUGAAAGUGAAGAUGAAGACAUUCUCAAGGUGUUCCGCAAACAGAAAGUGGAAGGAGCUAUUGAUGAGGCUAUCUCAAGAGUGCGGUCCAUGGUUGACUCUCCAGAUGCACGCCAGCAAUAUUGCCGUAUGCUUGAAAGGUACCGCCAAGCCAAGGCUGAACUUGAUGGCACGGAAAGUGAAGUAACAUCGACUUCUCAGAGUGAUGUUUGCUAUAUGGAUAAUGAAGAUACAUAUCAGUACCCUUAGAUGCAACUUCUAAUCCUCUUUUAGUUUACUAUUCUUAGCAUAAGCUGGUAGAUGGUUUUUCUGGUUCAGUCUGUAUAUUGUGGUUGGAUUUGCGAUUUUAAAUGGUUUUCAUUGAUGAUCACUUUUAAGUCCAUAGAUUGAUAUUGUAAAUGCUCUUUGUAAUCUCUGUAAAUGGUUAUGGACGGAUUUGAUAGGCUGUAACCACA